UUCAUCUUGCGACUCCUCUUAUUAUGGGUUGCAUUCAUAGACAAUGUCGUAUAUAUCACAUCAUUAACUUCAAAUUCAAGUUGAAGAAGGCAAAGCAACCCAUGUUAGCGGAGAAACCCAUAUUUCCAGAGCUAUGCAUAGCUCAAAGCCAGAGAAAGGCAAAUAGUGGGAUCGAAAUUUCGACCAUAGAAGAAACAUCUCAUGAUAUUUUCAACCUCCCUGAGUCCUUUAAGAUGCUAGUAGAGAUGCGCCUAUUGGAUAAUGAAUCUGCGGAAGAAAAGCUGUGUUGGUUGCGGUCCCAGAUCAUAGGUAACGAUGUAGAGUUCAACACUCCUUUUGGAAGACGAAAACUUAUCUAUGCUGAUCACACGGCUUCUGGCCGCAGUCUUCACUACAUUGAAAACUUCAUCACGGAUCAUCUUCUUCCUUUCUAUGGCAAUACUCACACUUGUGACAGUUACGUGGGAAGUAGAACAACAAAAAUGCUACACGAAGCAACUGAGUACAUUAAGAAAUGCUUAGGUGGUGGAGAAGACGAUGCACUCAUAUUAUGUGGUUCGGGCACAACUUCAGCCAUCAAGAGGCUACAAGAAGUAAUGGGAAUUGCUGUGCCCUCUAUUAUGAGGGAAAGGCUUUUAAAGAACCUCAAUACAGAAGAAAGAUGGGUGGUUUUUGUUGGGCCACAUGAGCACCAUUCAAACCUACUUUCUUGGAGGCAAAGUCUGGCUGAAGUGGUAGAGAUUGACCUUGAUCACAAUGGGUUGCUUGAUAUGGAUGCUCUAAAGCUACAACUUGAAGCCUACAAAUGUACCAACCGACCCUUGUUGGGAUCUUUCUCAGCUUGUAGCAAUGUUACUGGAAUCUACUCAAAUACACGUGCAAUUGCUCAGCUUCUUCACCAAUACAAUGGCUUUGCAUGCUUUGAUUUCGCAGCCAGUGGCCCAUAUGUGGAGAUUGAGAUGAGGUCAGGGCAAAGUGAUGGGUAUGAUGCUGUGUUCCUCAGUCCCCAUAAGUUUCUUGGUGGUCCUGACUCUCCUGGGGUGCUCCUCAUGAACAAGGCCCUAUACCAAUUAAGCUCUUCAGCUCCAUCUACUUGUGGAGGUGGAACAGUGAAUUAUGUCAAUGGCUUCGAUGAUAAGGAUACAUUGUACGUGGAGAAUGUAGAGGAAAGGGAAAAUGGGGGUACGCCUCCAAUAAUCCAAACAGUGAGAGCAGCAUUGGCAUUUUGGGUGAAAGAAUACAUCAGCUAUGAAGAGAUCCAAAAAAGAGAAAAACUAUACAUCAACAAGGCACUUAAGAGACUCGUGUCUAAUCCAAACAUUGAGAUUCUUGGAAAUUUAAGCAUCAAUCGACAAGCUAUAGUGUCGUUUCUCGUUUAUUCUACAACCAACAAAGAGAAACAUAAUUUAUGGACAGAAACAGGAAGCAAAAGAGGAAAGGUACUUCAUGGACCAUUUGUUGCAACACUUCUAAGUGAUCUCUUUGGCAUUCAAGCUCGUGGUGGGUGUGCUUGUGCUGGACCUUACGGCCAUAAAUUGCUUCAUAUCAACAAAUCUCAAUCGCUAGCUGUUAGAUCAGCAAUUCAAGAGGGUUAUGUUGGAGCAAAACCUGGAUGGACUAGAGUUAGUUUUCCUUAUUACAUGGAAGAGGAGGAAUUUGAGUUCAUUUUAAGUGCAAUAGAGUUUGUAGCAAUGUACGGUCAACGGUUCCUUUCCCUGUAUAGCUUCAAUUUGAGAAAUGGAAGUUGGAGAAUGAAGAGAGAGCAACUAGAUGUUCUAACAAAGGAAAAUAAUUGCAACAAUUGGAAAGCAAGUAGUGGAUAUAAUAUUGGAGAUAAACAAGUUAGAAUGUUAAGAAGGAAAUCAUAUUUAGACGCAGCUAAAUAUAUUGCAAGUUGUCUCCCCAAAUUCCCUUCUCAAAGCACACUCCUUGGAGAAGUAGAUCCCAGUAUCCUCCAUUUUAGAGUUUAAUUAUGUGGUCAAUACCCAGGAUCAUUUGUUAAUCUUUGUAUCUAAUUAUAAUCUACUGUCAUUAAAC